CGAUGGGAAAAAAGGAUGUUAGGAACUAACUGCCUCUCUUUUUGCAGGCCCAAAGGACGAAUCCAUGUCUACACAGCUGGUGGGUAGAUUAGAACCAGGCCCCCUAAAUUGUCCAGUCCUGCCCCAACCCCAAAUUCAGGGCUUUGUCUUCCAUAGCUCAACAUCACAGUCAGUCCAAAGCUUGGACGCCGCUUGGGGAAAGGAGGUCGAAGACCUUCAUGUCUAACUUCCCCCAUGGCGCUUUUGCCAUUGAUUUAACCCGAUCUGGCUCUGCCAUUAGGUCAACAACAGGCUUUGUGCUCAGUCGCUCAUCGCCUCCCAGCGCCUAGCAUGUGCAAUAGCAGAGAGCAAAAAGCUUGACUUUCAAGAUGAAUUUAGUACAUUCCCAAAGGGAUGCGCAGAUGCCAACUCUUCCCACACCAUCAAACCAAGCAAGAAACUUGAGCACCUCCUAGAUUCCAAUGCUUCCACAUACAAUCUAAGUUUCGCGGAGCAGACGAGAGCCGCAGAACACCCGGCGCUGCGAGGAAAGGGUCAGGUGGGCCGUGCCUUCCCCAGGCAGGCGCGGCAGGUGGAGGGGCGGGGCAUUGCCCUACCAGAAAACGGGAGGAGGGAGCCGGCGAGUAGAAGCACCUGCAUGGUGUUCGGGGGUGGAGCGGCGGCUGGAGGGAGAGUUAAUGAUUUGCCACAGGCUCAUUUCGCAACUUAACCAAGGGUCAGCUUCCCCUGACCAUGUACCAGCUGCGUCCUCUGGGCCACGCUCCACUUGCCCGCUUCCACCCGGAAGGCCCCCCAGGCUGAGUGCGGCAUGAUCUCCAUCACCGAAUGGCAGAAGAUUGGUGUGGGGAUCACCGGUUUCGGCAUCUUCUUCAUCCUCUUUGGAACACUCCUGUACUUUGAUUCCGUGCUCCUGGCCUUUGGAAACCUGCUGUUCCUGACGGGCCUGUCCCUCGUCAUUGGCCUGAGGAAGACCUUUUGGUUCUUCUUCCAACGGCACAAACUCAAGGGAACCAGCUUCUUCCUGGGGGGUGUGGUUAUCGUGCUCCUACGCUGGCCCCUCCUGGGCAUGUUCCUGGAAACCUACGGAUUCUUCAGCCUCUUUAAGGGCUUUUUCCCUGUCGCCUUCGGCUUCCUGGGUAAUGUCUGCAACAUCCCCUUCCUGGGUGCGCUGUUCCGGAGACUUCAAGGCACUAGCUCGAUGGUCUGAACAACAGAGAUGAGCUCCUUGAACUUGGAUCAUUGGUUGAGGGGGCUAGAGGGAGAAUGGGAACCACCCCCUCAGUCCCCUGCACUGACUCACUCCCCGACAUAUCCGGACCUCCCCAAGUCCAGAAGGAAGGAAUGGAGCUGAGCAACUGACGUCAAAUCCCCAAGUCGACUCAAGAGGCUGCCAGGAAGCAGAGAUGCAGACCCCAAGGAGACUGGGCUGGGGCUGGCAUCACACCCUCACUCUAUAUUUAUGGGAGGAAAAGUGAAGAUUAAAUUCCCAAGUUGUGCGUGUG